GCAGCUGACGUAGGUUAUAUUUUACAUCCGUUUUUUAGGUUAGGACUAUGAUCAAGGACUAAGUCAAACGGGGUCCUAAUUUGGGUUCUCAUCAAGUGUAGGAAAUAACACCAGUUAGCAAGCAGAGCUGAAACGAAUUAAAAUUUAACACUGAAUGCGUUUCAGUUUAAAUAAAUCAUGGAUGAAAGUGAACUAGAGAGGAAAGCAGUGGAGGAGCUCCUUAAAGAAACUAGCAGAGCAAAAGUCCGUGCUGAGACAAUGGGUGCUACUGGAUGGAUGAAAUGUCCGCUGGGAAGCACAAACAAGCGCUUUCUGCUGAACACAAUUCGUUCCUCUGCUGUGACGCAUCAGCCUACAAAUCAGCGUGCUUCAGAGAGGGGAAGAGAUGAUGAACAUGGGUACAAAAGAGCUUGUGAAAAACAUCACAACACGGACUGUGAAAAGUGCAAUCACAAAAAAGACUAUUCACACAGAAGAUACCACUCUGACUCUCAUUCACACACUUCCAAACACCGCUCUUCCUCACGCAAUCAUUCACCAUCCCGAAGAAGACACUCCCCUCACCUCUCCCGGAAGUCAAAAAGGACUCGAUCUCGCUCACCAGUGCGGGACAGUUCCCCAGAUGUCAAAAAAUACACUGACAGAGGGGGGAAAUGAUGCAACACUCUCUUUGUAGCUUUUUUGUUUUGAGCACACAUGAGAUCUCUACAUGUCUACAUGUCCUAUGAAUGCGUACAACAAUAUGAAGGCAUUCUGCUAAUUUCCAUUUGCAUUAUAUUUCUGAACAAUAAUAUUAAAAUAGCAUUUUUAAAACAACUAAAAGACGGAAUUUGAUUAUUGAGAGAGGCUGUUAAUAUCAUUUCAGAACUAUUUUUAAUAGG